AGCGCCAUCUUCCGGAAAAUAUAAGCUUUUUUUUUUCUUUUCUUCUUUUUUUUUUUUUACAAUUUAUUUGAAAAAAAAAGUGAACAAUUUGCUAGCUGUUGUCUCUGUUGUUUGUAAGUGUGAUUAGACUCGACCGUUCGUAGGUGUAAAGAUGGCGCGAACAUUUUUUCCUCCCAGCCAGAGAAUAAAUUUAAAGUUCCGGGAAGCUCCGUUCGACCUGCUCACAGAUUUCCUUAUUAACCUCAACAAAAGAAACAAAGAUCACCUCAACAGUUUGUCUCAGUGCAGUGGAAACUUCAGAGAUCAGAGAUUAACUGAAUACAUCUUCCUGAUGACUGAGGAACUGAGCCUUGAUCCUCUCGCUGGAUACCAUGCCAUAGAGUUACUACAAAGGUUCAUGGUCAAGCACCUUACAGGUUUAUUGACACCUCAGGGUGAAGCUGCUGAUCCACAGAGAAGUGAUGAGAGCGCUGUGUUUGACAGUGUCAAGGAGAAAUUCCCCCUCAUCAUUUUCUCCUGCGUGCAACUUGCAAGCAAAAUGUCUCUGCACAGUCAUAUAAUCGACAACCACACUGCUGUACGCUUCCUGCGUUCACUCGGCCACAGCGUUUCAAAGAAGACUCUCCUGAAGUCAGAGCUGACGGUCUUGAAAGGGCUUGAAUUCGGACUGAACACCCUUAACCCACUCAUAUAUGUGGAAAUCCUCCUGGAGGUGCUUGGACAUAAUGAGCCGUCCGUCAGCGUGGAGCACCUGUAUCACCUGUGCCGCCACGUUCUCCACUUCGUCAGCCUGCAGAGGGAUGUCAUCUACGACUCCUUGUUAGUCACCACUACUCAAUGUGUCAGCCCGUCCAGAGAACAGAGAGAGCAGUUUGUGACUGUGACUGAAGACUACAUGCUUCUUGGUGUUGGUGUCAUCGCUGUGGCUUCGUUCGUCCUCUAUGUCACAAAAUGGGAACAGGUGGUGGGAGAGCUGAGUCACAUCACAGGAAUCUCAAGGAGGAGCAUCAGCGAUUUCGCUCAUGUGACACUGAUGCACAUUGUUAACGUCCCUGCUUCUCUGUAGUCUUGAUAACUCUCAUCCACUGAAUACUGCUUCAAACUCACACUGUUCAUAGUUGUCUAGCUGUAAAUGUUGGUGCAGAACAUGAGGUAAUAAAAAACAAAGCAACAUGUGUGUCAAAAAAAGGGUCACUUAAA